ACUGACAGCUUACAGUGAACACCUGACAUUGAGAUGAACAAGACUUGUUCACUGAACAACGUCUCACCACAGACCUACUUAAGUCGUGGCGUCAACCGUCAUGGGCGACAGCGACUGUCAUCGCCUCUCCUUUCUUGAGCCUCUUGUCGCAAUGGAUGGACUCCACACUGUAUGUCUGGUGAGGUCAGAAUUCUGAGUGCUUCCGAGAACUCAACGGUUUUGCUUUUUGAACUUCCGGUAACGUGUCAUCCAAGUGACUUCUUCUGUGAGACUCGAGGCUUCCGUGUAAACAUCCCUUCCAAUUAGUAGUUACUGAGCCGAUCAUCACAGUGUGUAACUGUUGGAGGUGGUUAUGCUUCUAGACUAAUUAAACCGGAAGUGGUAAGACGUACAACGUCCCCCUGACUACCCUGUACUAAACUGUCAAAACAGACCGGACCACUGAGAACAGACCUUCAGCAAUGCCUCAUAGUUGUCACGGGGUCAAAUAUUUGCUGAAGCUUUGUCAUCUACCUCAGUUAAAGCAGACUUUGGGUCUUUGUAUCGUGUUUGUUGUCGGUGUCAUGAUUUGUCUCCAAAUUCCUUUCCUGUUCAUAAAAAUCCGGGAUAAGUUGAAGUCGAACAGGUCUUGUAUCAUGGUACCCAGCUGUCUCCAGCAAAAGACUCAGCUUCAUUUAUCAGCAUCAUCAGUGACUGAAGGACAAACUAUCAUCCAGAAGGUUGGGGGAAGACCUUCAGACCGAGUUCUCUCUUGGAGCGGGCCGGAAAUUCCCUAUGGAGACCCAAGAUGGCAGCGAGUGGACGAGGACGGGUCUGUGUUUGUUUACUCAGCUCACUAUGACGACGCAGGAACUGUUGCCAUUGUGAGAGUGAUAGCCGUGGCCAGACAUCCUCUUCCCUACACACACGUCUGGUGUCGCUACUAUGGCUGCUGUGGCUCCGGCUCUGUCAUUGCUAACGUGUCUGGGACCCUGCAACAUCUUCGCAUCAUCAACAGAAGGUACAUCGUCACCUACGUCGACUGUCCUCUGGACCAGAUGCUCGGUUCCCUUCCUUACGCCGUGUCUGUUGAUAAGACUAGCGAGGCCAUUGGGACCACCUUCCUGGUCAUUCGUUACAGUUUUGGCGACAACAAGGUAAACAAUGACUGGCACCGUGGUGCUGCCAACACGACUGCUACCAGGUGGAACAUCACUCGCUGCGUGCCGGCGUUGCAGGCGGAGUUCAACGACCACAAACACCUGCUGGAGAUGGUGGCCGUCAGCACGGCCCUGGGGGUCGACCACUUCGUCUUCUACGUCGAGUCCAUCGGCCCUGAUGUCAGAAAAGCACUGCAUGUCCUUGAGAGGCUGAAACUGGCAGAAAUUCUUCCGUGGAACCUGCACCUGGAGGAGGAGGACCUGUUCUACAAAGGUCAGUUCCCGGCUAUCCAGGAUUGCCUGUACCGACACCUGCACACCUCUCGCUAUCUGCUCUUCGGUGACGUGGACGAGGUGUUCGUACCCAGGUCACACCCUUCACUCCUCUCUCUCCUCGACCAUUACUUCACAAAGAAUCCCAACUGCGGCGCUGUUCUCUUCCUCAACACUUACUUCUAUCUGACAGUCCCACCGGAUGUGCCUCCGGAAGGUCACCCACAGGCUGCAGAGUUCGCUAGACGCCAUCAACUGCAAUUCCUCCUUCACACCCAGCGCGAGAGCUGGAUCUACCCUCCCACGGAGCGUUCCAAGCCCGCGGUAGACCCCCGCAAAGUGGAGACGGUCAGCGUGCACCUGGUGAAAAAGCUCCGCCACCCGUAUCAACAGUGCGUCAUGGAACCGGACCAGGGACUGCUGCACCACUAUAGGGUGGCCCCAGCUCAGCCCUCCCGUCCCACUUUCAGGGAUCCCUUCCUGUGGAGGGCUGCCGACAACAUCGUUAAGGAGAUGGACAGGCUUUUGCGGGCUUACAACGAAACAACCAUCAGCUGACUAAUUUAUGAAUGUAUUCGAGACUUAUGCCUACCCCAGAAUCGGCUCAAAAGUUAGAGGUGGUUCACCUCAACAUCCUCACACGUGAAUCUAUUUGACUUUGCCGCCAAACCCCUAGUUGUUGUUGUUGUUGUUUUUUUUUAUGGAGACUGGUUAAGGUCACUGAUCGACAUACUUCAUGGUUACAAUGAUGUUGAAGCUAAACUAAUAAACAA